AUGGUGUGUUGCCCAGCAGCCUGUUGUCUUGUUAACCAAGAGGGCAGUGAUGAAGACAAUCACAAACAAAUGAUAGUAGUUCCAAGAAUAGCAGCUAUUCCACCGUGUCGAAAAGUCGCAUCUAUCGCGUCAGUGUAUCCUCCAACUCGACCAAAGGGAGGUACCUCUUGCCAGAAAAGGAGAUCCAGUGUGGUUGAUAUCGGCUGUCUCCCCUUCAGCCUUAGCAAAUCCAAACCAUUGGCUUCAGUAGGCCGUGUCUUCAUGAUUGGUCAGUCGAAUAACUCGAGAAAGGGAAAUACCGCUAGAUCAGCUUCUCGGUCAUCUUUCAGUAGCAACAUCGCGCUUCUACGCGCCGCAUUUUCAAGCAAGCAAAACAACAUGAAGGAGUACGAAGAUACAUUUGACGAACCAUUCGAGGAUGAUGACUCCACAGAUGGCUUUGAUAAGCCCAUCAUUUCUUUCCGUGGAGGUGCUGCGUGGCAGUCACUCGACCAGAACUGUGAAGUCCUGGCAUUAGACUUGUUUUGGCCGACGAAGAAGAAUGGUCCUUUUGAUAACCCAUUCCGCUCGGAUAUCAUGCCCGUCGAGGAGCUUUCUCCACUCUGCAAUUUCAGAAACCUUCGAAAGCUCAAACUGACUGGAAUGUCGCGGUCUUAUCAGAAGUAUAUUUGGCAGGCCGUGUGGCUUAACCCUGGCCUCGAAGAACUCGAGUUAGAGAUGGCGUUGGAGCCUUGUAUUCGGCGUACUUUCAAUGCAGACUGGCCAUCCAUCAAGGGAGAUUGGUCAUACCGCACUGCGGAUGAGGCUUCUGGAGUAUACUAUGGAGAGGCCGGAGAGGGAGAAUUGCACAGACGUGCUGGGGUCGGAGAAUAUUUAGACAAAGAAGCUAUCGGCAAUGCAAAGGCUAGAGCUUGGGAAAUGGGAUGUUCCCUUGAUCGACUGCCCGUCGUUCAGAUAAGCCUCACCGGUUUUGUUGUCGACGCCGACCCAUUCUUUAUGUGGUUUAACCCACAUCGCCUCCGAGUAAUCAACUUCAAAAACGACUGUGUCGAUGCAGGAUUUUCUCUCCCAAGAUCCAUGGCCGAUCGAGUUGUCGUGUCUUGGCCAAAUACCGUGGCAGAGUACGCCAUGCAGGUUAGACAUGUCCAACCUGGAGAGGUUAAACUCAUUGAUAUUCCGAAGAGGAAGAGCAACGGUCCCGCCCUGGAGAAGAGUAAACUUGUGGAUAUCGCUAAGAAGGGAAAGAAACCAGCUGACAAGGCAGAUGAGAGCAAGCUUGUCAAUGAGAAGGUCAGUCAAUGGAGAAAAGCCAGCAUCGGCAGAGAGGAUGCGGCUGUUGAAAAAACGAACCGCUUUCCGGACAACGACAGACCUGCGUUCAAUAUCCGAAAUUUCACAAGAACUGGCAAGCUGAUCGGAGGCGCCUCCACGCCUGAUUGGAAGCCAACUGGCAAGCCCACGAAGAAAUAG